UGCUACUAGUACAACGCCAAUAUCCAUUGUGUUUUCGCUUCUAUUGCCGGCGAAUUAAACUUGAGAACUUUUUACCGGUACAGGACAUAAUCGGUAGCCUUGGGAGAGGAAAGUGGAUAUUUUCUGAAAUAUAUUUUCUCUGGAAUGUCGGAUGAGUACAAAACUAGUUUUAUCGGUAGCAGGUGAAAGGAACUCGUUCAAGAUGGGCUGCAGGAAGGAGCUUUUACUAUUGACCGUGGCACUCUUGCUAUUGCUGUUGACCCCUGCAUGCUCAGCGCAAAGCUGUGAGGGAGUGAGCUGUCAGUUCGGAGAAUGCAUCGACGGGAUAUGUGUUUGCAACCCGGGCUACACCGGGGAAAGCUGCACGUCAGAUCUCGACGAGUGCUUAUCAAAUCCUUGUAUGAAUAACGCGACAUGUGUUAACCUCUUCAAUCAAUUCUUCUGUGACUGUCCGCAAGGGUUCGACGGAGAGACAUGCCAAAAUGAGACCGGUCCAUGUCGGAACAAGCCAUGUGUGAACGGACUUUGCACUAAUCAGUUUGGAGGAGGGGAAGCUUUCUACACGUGUGAAUGUUACCCUGGUUGGGAAGGUGAUAACUGCGAAACAGAUAUCAACGAAUGCAUCGUCUUGGGAUUCCCUUGUCAGAAUGGAGCAGAAUGUAACAAUCUCGAGAAUGCAUAUUCGUGCAAUUGUUCAUCAGGCUGGACUGGAUUCAACUGCACAGAAGAUUUCAAUGAGUGUUUGAGUAUUCCGUGUGAGAAUGGUGCUACCUGUAUGAACCUGCGAGAUAGUUUCAACUGCACAUGCCCUACACAAUGGACUGGAACUCAAUGUGAAAUAGAAAAAAAUGCCUGUAUUGACACUCCCUGUCUAAAUGGAGGUACCUGUAACAACUACUACGACUACUACACAUGCACCUGUCCAGCACACUUCCUGGGCGCAAACUGUCAAGAUGCCUCAAGUAUAUGCUAUGCGACUGGGGAUCCGCACUAUUUGACCUUUGAUGAUGUAUGGCAUGACUUCCAGGGUGAUUGUGAGUAUACUUUGGUCCAAGAGUGCAGGGAUGGGAUGGACUCGCCGUUUAGAGUUGAUGUCAGGAACAUAGGCAAGGAGGAGAAUGUCUAUGGAUCAUACACCUACGAAGUAACAGUCCAAGUAUUUGAAGUGGAAAUCACCCUCAAACAAGGCAGAGAGGUCUUUGUCAAUGGCAGGAGAGUGACCCUUCCAGUAGAACCAAUAUCAGGACUGACUGUGAGCCAUAGUGGUUUCUAUGUGGAAGUAUCGGCUGAUGUCCAGUCGGACGGUCAGAACGUCUAUCUGUUUGUCAAAUGGGACGGUCAAAGAACAGCUGAGGUCAGAUUACCUUUUGCCCAGUACCAGAAUGCGACAUGUGGUCUAUGUGGUAACUUCAAUGGAAACCUGAUGGAUGAGUUCAUCAUGCCUGAUGGCCAGUUGACCACGGAUGUUCAGGAAUUUGGCAACAGUUGGACAGUAAAUCCCGGAACCUGUAUUCCUUUGGUGCCUGGAGACAAUCUCUGCAAUGAAACAUCUGAUGCAUAUAAUCAGGCUUCGCUCGCCUGCCAAAUUAUAAGAGAUGCUGCAGGGCCCUUUGAGAGAUGCUUUGACACCCUUGGCCCUGCCCCAUUCUAUGAUGCUUGUGUCUUUGAUGGUUGUAUUGUGCCGGCUAGUCAACUCAAUGAAACCACAUGUCAUCUCAUCGAGCUGUACGCACAGGCGUGUUUGGACAGGGAAGCCGUUAUAGAGGACUGGAGAAAUGACUCCUUUUGCCCCGUUUCAUGCCCAGCUGGCCAAGCAUACGGCUGGUGUACUGAUGCCUGUCCAUCUUCUUGCUAUGAUGUCAUACAAGGGGUUUCCCCCAUGUGUGACAGGCCAUGUGUGGAGGGUUGUCAGUGUCCAGAUGGCCUGGUGUUUGAUGGCUUUGACUGUGUGGACAUGGGCUCAUGCGGAUGUUAUGUGGACGGUAUCUACUACUCGAUUGGAGACAGUGUCUACACCCCUGGUUGCUUCUCCAAGCGUAUUUGCAGCGGUAACAAUGUGGUUGACAUCUCUGCACAGACCUGCAGUGAGUUUGCUACAUGUAGGAUAGAGAAUGGAGAACACGGCUGCCACUGCUCAGCUGGUUACACUGGGGAUGGAAUCACCUGUGCAGAUGUCAGUGAAUGUGCCAGCAGCCCAUGCAUCAAUGGAGCAUGUGUGAAUGACCUCAACUUCUAUGCCUGCAAUUGUGACCCUGGCUGGUCUGGGUACAACUGUGAUGCAGCCUGCAUGGAGAACCCCUGUGAAAAUGGAGGCUUUUGCAUGGAAAUCAACGCUACUUCACUUGAGUGUCAAUGCCCUUUUCCAUUCAAUGGAACAUUCUGUGAAAUAAAUAAUUAUCCCUGCCAAAUGGACCCGAACCCCUGUCAGAAUGGAGCAACUUGUACCAGCUUCGGUCUGCAAUACAGCUGCUCUUGUGUGUAUGGCUUCCAAGGCUCCAAUUGUGAAGAAGAGGUGAAUCCUUGUAGGGAUGUACCAUGUCUGAAUGGAGGAACAUGUACCAAUCUGAUUGAGACAUACACCUGCACCUGUGGUGGAUCCUUCAUGGGCAGGAACUGUGAAAUAGAGUAUGGCAUCUGCUACACAUCUGGGGAUCCUCACUACAAGACAUUCGAUGACCUCAGGCAUAACUUCCAGGGCAGUUGUUCCUACAUAUUCACCCAGGAUUGCUCCUCUCCUGACCCACUCUUCAAAGUGAUCGUCUCAAAUAUGAAGAGGUCUCAAACAGCUGCAGUGUCAUAUACAUAUGAUGUUACAAUCAUCCUGAAUCAAACGGAGAUACUCUUAGGUCCCAGCCUUGGUGUAAACGUGGAUGGUGUCGUUGUCAAUCUCCCAUCCGAAAGACCUGGCAUCAGGGUUUCUGUUAGUGGCAUCUAUGUGCAAGUAGUAUCAGAUGUUGGCCUCUAUGUGCGAUGGGAUGGUGAUAGCAGAGUGGAGGUCAAAGUGACAUCUGCCUUCAAGAACAAUACCUGUGGUCUAUGUGGAAACUACAAUGGAAUCGGUACCCAAGAGGAUGAGUUUCUUACACCAACAGGAAAUUCGGUGUCCAAUGAGGCAGCCUUUGGUAACAGCUGGGAAGCUUACAAUGAUCCAGAUUGUGUACCUCAAGGAGAUGAAACCAAUCCUUGCUUGAGUGCUACAGAGUCUGUGGUUCUUGGAGCCCAGAGCAAGUGUGAUAUCAUUCAAAGUGCUGCAGGACUUACAGAGUGCUUUGCUGUAUUGGAUCCCACCCCAUACUUCAGAGACUGUGUCUAUGAUGUCUGUGCAUCCCCUGAUGACGACGAUACUGCACUCUGUAACGCUAUGGCAUCUUACACCCAAGCAUGCAGAUACUUCUAUGUCGAUGUCCCUUCUUGGAGGAAUGAAACACUCUGUCCCCUGACCUGUCCAUCAAACAGCACCUACGGUAGCUGCGUCUCGGCCUGUCCACUCACCUGCUGGGAUUACCAAGACCCUGAUCACACCUGUCACGACCUCUGUGUUGAGGGGUGUGCAUGUGAUGAGGGAUUCGUCUUGGAAGAUCUGCAGUGUGUACCGGAGAACCAGUGCGGAUGUGUUACAGAUGGAUUCUAUCUCACGGUUGGCAGUAUUCUUCUGACUCCAGACUGCACAGAAUACUGUGAGUGCAACGCAGGCGGUAGUAUCAACUGCACUCAAGUAUCCUGCGAUCCUAACGCAUCGUGCGGAGUGGUGAAUGGAGAGACACGCUGCAUAUGCAAUGCUGGCUAUGACACUGUCGGCUAUGGAUUCACCUGUUUAGAUAUUGAUGAAUGUGCCAGCAGCCCAUGUGCGAAUGGAACAUGCAUUGAUGAAGUGAAUGGCUACACCUGUGACUGUACACCAGGCUGGAUCGGUCAACUCUGUGGUCAGCAGGACGAUUGUUACUCCAAACCCUGUCAGAAUGGUGCAACCUGCCGGGAUGGUAUGGACAUGUUCACCUGCAUAUGCGCACCAGGUUGGACAGAUGAAGUUUGUGGAACAGACAUCAAUGAAUGUGCAGACGCCCCCUGUGACCACGAUGGAGUCUGUAUUGAUAAACUAGCUGCCUAUGAAUGUAACUGUACCCUAGGAUGGGCGGGAGAAAACUGUGAAAUAGCCAUUGAUGAGUGCGGCAGCGACCCCUGCUUAAAUGGAGGUGAAUGUUUUGACUUUGUAGGAUAUUUCAGAUGCUCAUGCCCAACUAACUACGCCGGAGAUAGGUGUGAGAUAGAUUUAUCUCCCUGUGCGGAAACCCCUUGUCAGAACGGUGCAACAUGUGUUGGGUUAAGUGAGGACGUGUACUCAUGCCACUGUGUCCCGGGAUAUGUUGGGGGAAAUUGUGAAUUGGAUGUCAAUGAGUGUUUCGAUGAUCCUUGUCGGAAUGGGGGUACCUGUAAUGAUCUGGUCAACAUGUAUCGGUGA